AAUCCACUGUCCAAAGGCUCCAAAAUCUUGCUUUCUCUCCAUACAAAGCAAAUCUCUUGCAGCUUCUUCUUCCACAUUAAAGAGAUCAACAAGGAGUAUCUUUACUUGUCUCUUUAUUAAAGAAAGUUAUUUUCCUCCUUUCUUGAACACGAAUACCAAACAUUUGAAUCCCAGUGUUCUUUUUUUUGUCGAAAUUUGAAUCCCAUUGUUUAAGUAACGUUAUUUAAUCGCAUAAAACUGACUACGUUGCUGCCAUGCUCUCAUAUAAAUGUUAAUGUGAAUAUUAAUAUUCACAUACUAAUGUUCUUGCUUGAUCCACGAGUAAACCCAAUUCUCUCCCUUCGUCUUCACUCAAAGAACAAAAAUCUACAAGGACUUACUACUAAUUACUCCCUAAAUCCCAUAUCCUCUGUUUUACUCCAAUCCAGUCCUAUCCUAUCCAGACCAUCAUCAUGUCCUCCUUGCAGCCUCAGCAGCAGCAGCCUGUUGGCCCUGUUCUUGUUUACCCUAACGAUGUCAAUGGACAGCCUUCAUCUUCCCACCAUUCAAAUGGAUCAUUCGGGACUGUUUUCAUCGUGCUGGCCGUUAUAAUCGUCAUCUCCGCCAUCGCUUGCUUUCUCGGAAGGCUCUGCAAUCGCCGCCACAACAGCUCUAAACCCCAUAAGCAACCGCAACAUAACUUUCGUCCCAAGAAAGAAGCUGGCCCUGCAGGUGGCGGUGGUGGAGACCAUCACGUGGAGUUUGGGAGAGCUCCCAGCUUUCGAGCAGGCCCGAAAGUAGCAGACGUCGAAUUUGGAUUCAAUAAGAAAAACCCAAAAGGGAACAGCAGCAGCAGAGGAGAGGGCAGAGGAUACAUGAAUCAUCACCACAACAAACCACACCAUAACGGAAAUGGUGAAAUGAAUCGUCACAUGAAAGGUGAAAUGAAGCAGCAUCCUGGCGGCGAGCGUCAUGUUGGAAUGGGAGAUCCGAGCCAGUGGAUGAAAUGAUGAUCGGAUUAGUAACUUGUUGUAGCUGGAUUGGCUUUCCUUUCAAAAUUAAUCCUCCUGUUUCCUCUGUUCUUCUAUGUUUUUUUUUUUUUUCUCUUUUUUUUUAUUUUUAGUUAGUUUCCAACUCUGGAACUUCAAGUAUUAUUAUUGGUAACGAUAAAAGGUUUGUGGCAAUUUUACUAGUGUACUAAAUUAUGGAAUUUGAUGAUCUUCAAUUACAAAAGGCUAAAACCUUGAUCAA